GCAAUAUCGUUGCUUUUGCAAUCUCGUGGGCGGAGUCUGUGAGUUUUAACGUUGAACUCUGGAGUUCCUUCCCAUUACUUAUUGAGGUCCGGACGCGUCUCUCCCUCCUUCUCCGGUUCUCCGUCUCCUGGAUUGACAGGAUGCCGGUGUUCCUCCUGGGAAUGACCCUGAUCAUGAUCACGGCUGCAGAACAACCACCGUUACAAGUCACGGGGACCAUCGGGGGUGAGGUGGUCCUCCCCUACAACAACAUGGCUGGGUACAAGAGAGUUUACUGGCAGAAGAGCAGUCCCCAAACAACCAAGGAGAAGCUGGUGAACGCACUCUGCCCUCCUGCAGAGGCUUGUUCCCACAACAUCGACCCUAGUUAUGCUGGGCGUUCGGAGUUCCUUGCCAACAGUACGCGGGGAGACUUCUCCCUGCUCCUCCGUGACCUCAGCGUGGACGAUGAAGGAAUCUACAAGUGCGUGCUCCAGAACGAAGGCAUCUCCAAGGAGACAGUCAACCUGAGUGUCGUCGCCAACUACAGCCAACCAGUGGUGUCCGGUAACAGUGCCCGAGCCGGCUACAUAGUGAAUCUCACCUGUACGUCCUCGGGGGGCUACCCCUUAGCCGCACUGGAGUGGGUGAACAAGACCAGCGGUGUGCUCCUCGGCGAAGGUCCGAACCCCACCACCUACAGCCGGGACCACCUUCAGCUUUACCUCCUGAGAAGCGUCCUGCUGCUCAGGGAGGGCUGCGGCACCCUCAGCGUGGUUACCUGUCGGAUCAGGACCCAGAGCGGAGAGAUCCUGUGGCCCACUCACUUCCAGGUUGUCAGUAACGGCCAACGAGAGACCUUGGUGGGGUCGGCCAGGGCACAUUCGGCGUCCCCCGUCCUGAGCUCCACCAUUGCCGCCGUCUCCCUCCUCAUGUGGCACCACCUCUAGACCCCAGGGUCCGCCGGACCUGGGCCGCGGACCCAGGAUCGUCCACCUGCCCCCCUCCCUCAACACCCGGUGAGGGUGGGAGCUGGGGUCCAACCGAGGAGAUCGAUGGACAGGCCAAUGGUGGGGUCUCCUGACUGAGCCCCUCCUCAUGGACUACCCCUCCAUCACCCUGGGAGCCCUGCAUUCCGGGAAUCGGUGGGGGAGAGAGAGAGGAAGACAGGAGGAGUUGGUGAGGCUCCCUCACGGGGACUGAGGCUCCCUCAUAGGGCGAGAGUUCUUCAAACUAAGGCAUAAGGAUUCAUGGUUCCCCCUACACCCCCUCCCCGUCUCUGUGACCCCUUCCCUCCCCUACACCGCUCCCUGUCUCUGUGACCCCCUCCCUCCCCUACACCCCUCCCCAUCUCUGUGACCCCCCUUCCCCCUACAACCCCGUCCCUACCUCUGUGCCCCCUUUCCUCCCUCUCUCCCCCCACCCCACAACCCCCUCCCCUCAACUGUGGGGGAUUCAGCAAGAGAUUCACCAUGGAGACCACCCUUGGGACAUGUUCCAGUGGGACUUGGUUUGCAGUGGGGAUUCCCUCCCCUCGUCUGGACAUGUCCCUGAAACUCGGGCCUUAGUUGGUUUGUAAAUCGAUGGGGAUUCACUGUAACCUCUCCCACCGGGCACUCGGAGUGGUUUGUACUUCUGUUAUCUGGAAUAAAACUAUUGAACGGUUCCCUUAUACAAUGAGAUGGACUCUGACCUCACAAUCUACCUUGUUGUGACCUUGCACCUUAUUGCACUGCACUUUCUCUGUAGCUGUGACACUACUCUGUACUGUUAUUGUUUUUACCUGAACUACAUCAAUGCACUCUGUACUAACCCAAUGUAACUGCACUGUGUAAUGAAUUAACCUGUACGAUCAGUUUGCAACAAGUUUUUCACUGUACCUCGGUACAAGUGACAAUAAUAAACCAA